AUGGCAACCAACAUUACCUGGCACGAGGGCUUGAGCCGUAAAGAGCGCACUGAUCUGCGCAAGCAAAAGGGCGCGACCGUCUGGUUUACUGGUCUUUCUGCUUCCGGCAAGUCGACGAUUGCAAUCGCUCUCGAGCAACAUCUCCUCCAAAAGGGCCUCCAAACUUACCGACUGGACGGCGACAAUGUUCGAUUUGGUCUGAACAAGGACCUGGGCUUUUCGCCCAAGGACCGCGAGGAGAACAUUCGCCGAAUCGCGGAGGUCGCCAAACUCUUCGCCGACUCCACCACCAUCGCCCUCACAUCCUUCAUUUCGCCCUACAAGGCUGAUCGCGAGCUUGCCCGUCAACUCCACGCCGAGACUAAGACCAACGAGUCGCCGCUACCAUUCAUCGAAGUCUUCAUCGAUAUUCCGGUUGAGGAGGCGGAGAAGCGUGAUCCCAAAGGACUGUACAAAAAGGCAAGAGCUGGCGAGAUCAAAGAGUUCACAGGAAUCAGCGCUCCGUACGAGGCACCGGAAAAGCCAGAGGUUCAUAUUCACUCGGAGAAGACGAGCGUUGAGGAAGCCGUUGUGAUCAUCACGAAAUACUUGGAGGAGCAAGAGGCGUGCUAUCAAUUCCCGAAAUAUGCCUUGAUUCCUCCUUCCAACAACACGCAUUCAGCUCGUCCUGCCAAAGAAUGA